UCGUCUUGCCGCUUAAGGCUCUGGCUGUAGAUCAGUUAGACCAUGGAGGAAUUUAUUCCUCCAUGGUUAGACCGAGUAAGCAAACUCGGUCUGGAGGCUGCUGAUAUUACUUCGGAUAUACCAGAUCAUGUUUUGGAACAAUCGCCCAAGUACUCGAUCCUGUUUGCAAGUCCAGAGAGUCUUUGCUCAAGCAAAGGGAAGGAACUACUGUUGCUGGUCAAAAACAGAUGCUGUGGAUUGUUUGUUGACGAAAGUCAUUGCGUAUCGAAAUGGGGUAAUUCAUCAACCAAGAGUUCAGCAUUCCGGAAGUGCUAUGGCCAGCUGGGACAGCUACGCUCCAUCCUGAACCAGUCAAUUGUUUAAUAUCACGUUUUCACCUGAGGUUGUUUUUAAAACCAAAAAUAACUGUACAUAAUUAUUUUAAUGGCACUUGAAUUUUGACCAUAUUCAAUUAAAUGAUGAUUUUUUGGUUGUAGUCAAUGACAAUGUGUACAUGUAUUUGUUUAUGUCCAUAUUCAAUCAAGUGUGAACCAUUAUUAGCAAACUUUAAGCUGUAGGCACACUGUCCAAACAAUGAUCAAAAGACAAGUCCAAUUCAGAUAGAACUGUGUGUUCUCCAAUACGACACUAUUUUAGAGGGAAGUAGUCAACAUGUGUUAUUAUAUUAAUUUCAUGAACAGUGAGUUUUUACACUGAAACCAAACAAUGAUUGUCCUUUCUUCAUCCUGUUGUAAUAAUAAGCACAGUGAACUUGUCUCAAUUUUUAAACAACUAUUAUUGUAUCAUUGCCAAAGGUUCAAGACAAAAACAUGUUGAUUAGGUCUUCUUGUUUUUUUCUUU